AAGUCUCCCCACGGAAAUAUUUACACGUCAAUUCCUGGCAGAGGAGAACUGGUUCUCUUCAGUAGUGUCCGGUGGGGACGACGACACAGGCUCCGACACCUUCCGCAGGAGCGGCUGCCUCACCUGGGUUCGGCCCCUGGUUGCGGGCAAACCCAGAGAGUCGGCACCGCCGAGCGCGCAUCCCGGGAGGCGCCUGGAGCGGGCGGGCUACGCCGGAGGACGCUGGGAGCCGCGAGCGGAGGCUGCUGCCGCGCACGCGCAAAGGCAGGGCUGCGCUACCUCGGAGCAUCUCGUCGCAGCGCGGAGACCCGCCCGCAGAGGCGAGAGGGCGAAGGUGUGCGGUACAGGCAGGGUUCCUGAGAGUGGAGGACACCUGUGCAUCUGUUUAACCUCCCAUCACAGUUUCCAGCAGUUUCCUCAUCAAAGUGGACAAGCCAAGGCAGGACUCUCUGCCUUGUGGGCUGCACCAGAGUUCCCCAGAAAGGAACACUGAAGCCAUCAUGCUCCAGCAGCUCCUGAUCACCCUGCCCACCGAGGCCAGCACCUGGGUGAAGUUACACCAUCCAGAGAAGGCCAAGGAGAGGGCACCCGUGUGGGAGGAUGUGAUGAAGAUAUUUGAAGGAGAAGCUCUGCCAUUGCAGGAUGCUGAUGAGACCCUGAGAGAAUGUUUUGAGGAUGAGGUGACCUCUGGGUCCCUAACAGCAGAACCCCAGGAACUGUUGACCUUCAAGGACAUAUGUGUGGACUUCACCCAGGAGGAGUGGGGGCAGCUGGCCCCUGCUCACCGGAAUCUGUACCGGGAGGUGAUGCUGGAGAACUAUGGGCACCUGGUCUCAGUGGGAUAUCAGCUUUCCAAACCUGGUGUGAUUUCCCAGUUGGAGAAAGGCGAAGAACCAUGGCUGACGGAGAGAGAGGUUUCAGGAGGUCCGAGUCCAGACUUGGAGAGCAAAACAGAAACCAAAGAGUCAACUUUAAAGAAUGACAUUUCAUGGGAAGAAUUACACCAUGGCUUGAUGAUGGAAAGGUCCACAAGAGGAAGCACCUUGAUUUCCACAUUGGGAAGAGUCUCCAAAUGUCAUAAGUUAGAAAACCACCAGGAGAACCAAGGAAUGGGUGAGGGGCAAAUCCCCUUGAUCCGCAAGAAAACACUCACUCAGGAGAGAGGCCAAGAACCUAACAAAUUUGAGAAAAGUAUUAAUGUGAGCUCAAAAGUUGUUCCCGGACCAAUAGGUCCUUCAAGAAGAAGACACCAUAAAUAUGACCUAUCUGGAAAGAAAAAUAGAUACAAUUUAGAUUUGAUUAAUCAUUCAAGGAGUUAUACAAGGAUGAAAACCUUUGAAUGUAGUAUUUGUGAAAAAAUCUUCAAACAGCUCAUUCAUCUUACAGAACAUAUGAGAAUUCAUACUGGAGAGAAACCUUUCAGAUGCAAGGAGUGUGGAAAAGCCUUUAGCCAGAGUUCAUCCCUUAUUCCACAUCAGAGAAUCCACACUGGUGAGAAACCCUACGAGUGUAAGGAAUGCGGGAAAACCUUCAGACAUCCAUCAUCUCUUACUCAACAUGUUAGAAUUCAUACUGGGGAGAAGCCCUAUGAAUGUGGUGUAUGUGAGAAAGCAUUCAGCCAGAGCAUUGGGCUGAUCCAGCAUCUGAGAACUCAUGUCAGAGAGAAGACUUUUAAAUGCAAAGACUGUGGAAAAGCAUUUUUUCAAAUUAGACAUCUUAGGCAACAUGAGAUUAUUCAUAGUGGUGUGAAACCUUAUAUUUGUAAUGUGUGCAGUAAAACCUUCAGUCACAGCACAUACCUAACUCAGCACCAGAGAACUCAUACUGGGGAAAGACCAUAUAAAUGUAAGGAAUGUGGGAAAGCCUUUAGCCAGAGAAUACAUCUUUCUAUCCAUCAAAGAGUCCAUACUGGAGUGAAGCCUUAUGAAUGUAGUCAUUGUGGGAAAGCCUUUAGGCAUGAUUCAUCCUUUGCUAAACAUCAGAGGAUUCAUACUGGAGAAAAACCAUAUGAUUGUAAUGAAUGUGGAAAAGCCUUCAGCUGUAGUUCGUCACUUAUUCGACAUUGCAAAACACAUUUAAGAAAUACCUUCAGCAAUGAUAUAUGAAAUAUGUUCAACAUCAGAAAAUCCCCAAAUUGGAGCAAAAGCCUCUAAAUCAGUGGUUUUCUGACUUUUGGAUUUCAAGAACCAAUAAUUAUUUUUACUGAUUUGAUCCACUACUACAACUUCUAAAUUUUGCCACAUUUUUUUAGAAAAGAUUUUGCCAGCAUUGUUUCAGAAAAGAAAGGGCAUUGUAAUACUUAAAAAUAUAGGAAAGAUAUAAUCAUGAAGAACUGCCCUUUACACUGAAUUAAAUGAGCUUUAUGAAAAUCUCCCCAGUUUGUCUUUAUUUUUCUCAUGUCACUGUGGGCCAGUGAAAUCAUCAUGGCAGGUCAGUGAUCUGUGGAUUGGCUUUGAGAAUCACUGUUUUAAAUAUCCCUUUAAUGAAUCAAAAUAUAUCAUAAUUUUUAUUAGAGCCCUUUAUAUGCCUAGAAGAGUAUAAAUUAAAAUGUCAAUUGUCUCAUUUCUAGAAGAAAUAAUGUUAAAGGGAGUUUUCUAGACUUGAUAGAUAAUGUACUAUACAUGAAGUACUUACAUUUUAUGGUUUCUAGUAGAGAGGAAUUGGCAAACUUUUUCUGCCAACAGCCAGAUAGUAAAUAUGUUAGGUUUUAUAUGCCAUAUGGCCUCGGUCAGGACUGCUCAUCUCUACUGUUUCAGUGUAAAAGCAUCUAGAGGCAAUGUAUAAACCAGGGCAUCUCAGCCUUGGCACUGCUGAUAAUUGGGGCCAGAUGCUUUGUUAUGGGCAGCUGUCCUGUGCUUUUUAGGGUGUUUAGCAGUAUCCCUGGCUACUAGAUAUUAGUAGUCCUCCCAACCAUUGUGACAACCAGAAAUUUCCCCAGACAUUGCUAGCCCCCUGUGGGGCAAGACAGUCUCUAGCUGAGAAACACUGACGUAAAUGAAUGGGUGUAUCUGUGUUCCAAUAAGCUUUAUUUAAAAGACA